AUGACUGACGAGAAACCCCAAAGUCAUCUCGAUGUGGUUUCCACGGCUGUUGAUCACAUCGAGGCAGCCGCUGGCAAGGCGAACACAGCACAGUCUAGCAACGGAGUGGCAAGUGCUCACCCUGAGGACGAUGCGGCCAAUGCUAUUACAACCCCUAUCGAGAGUCCGCUUUCGGAAGAGAGCUGCGAUACACCCGUGAAAGAGAGCGACAAUGAUGACAGUCCGUGCGAGUCGGGCGCCCCGAGCCCAGCGGCUAGCAGUGUUGAGGAGAAUGAACGCAUGGCUGAGGCCAUCCACGAUGACAUGCCUGAAGACCCUCUAGAUGUCGGUUCCGGGUGA